AUGCCAUUUAAAUCGAAAUCCCGCCCAACUACCCCUCUUCGACGCAUAGAAAAAGGUAGUUUAUCACAUCUUUCAUCAUCUCGAAGUAGACAGGAUCCUUUUCCAUUAGAUUCUCUUGCACCGGCAUUUGCAGAAAUGGCAGACGCUUUAAUAGAUGUACAACAAAAUUUUGAACAUGUUCAAUCGAUACAUUCAAAUCUUGUUCAAUUUAGUGAAAGCUUUGCAUCCUUUCUUUAUGGUCUUAAUAUGAACGCUUUCUGCGUUGAUUUUCCUGAGGCACCUGUAUAUGAAUCAUUCAAAAGAGCACAAAACGACCUAAACUACACUAAUACAUCUCAAUCUACUCCAUCUCGCAUCUGGGACAAUAAAAAUUCCCAUACACAAGGAUUAGAUCUAGCGGACACAACUUUUACAACUAAUGAAACUUCUUUCAUCGAACGCCCCUCACAACCCUCUAAAACAACAGCAUCCAAACGCACUAACAAGUCUGAUCGAACAAUUCAUACACAAUCUUCAAAAGCUCGAAACACUUCUCGGCCUCGUUAAAUAUGAUCAUGUGAUCAGGCACAGUAUCGAGUCAUAUUAAUUUAUCUCGAAUUGUUUGAGCAACACUUUCAAGUAAAUCCGAGCCGACUGAAUUAGCUGAUUUAAACUCUACGUAAAGUCCUUCAGAGCUAGAUGGCUUAGGAAUCAAGUGAAAAUGUACCUUUUUAUGUAUUAUUUUUUUUCAAAAAAAAUAUACAACCUUACAUGAAAAACUGCUUGAUAAGCCAAAGAACCAUUAUUCUUUUUUAAAAUUAAUU